AACAAUUGGAUGGUUCUCUGCACUUGAAAGUGUCUCUCCAAUGGCUGUGGCUAACCUUGCCAUGUACCACCACUUCUUGUUCCGCUUAUCAAAUUCAAGAACAGUCAAACCCACAUGGAUUCCCAACUCAAGAACCCUCUUCACCUCCCAAAACAGAGUCCAUCUUUCUCUCCUCCAUUGCUCUUCUUCUACUUCGUCUUCCACCGAAUUCGACGCACCCACGGCCGAGUCUUGUGUCAAUUUGGGUCUCUCUCUCUUCUCCAAAGGACGGGUUAAAGAUGCUCUAGCUGAGUUUGAAACUGCACUUACUUUAGAUCCUAAUCCCACAGAGGCUCAAGCUGCACUCUAUAACAAAGCCUGUUGUCAUGCUUACAGAGGGGAAGGAAAGAAGGCUGCCGAUUGUCUGCGCACUGCGUUGAGGGAAUAUAACCUCAAAUUUGGCACUAUUCUUAAUGAUCCGGACUUGGCCUCCUUCAGAGCUUUGCCUGAAUUCAAGGAAUUGCAAGAAGAGGCUAGGUUGGGUGGGGAAGAUAUUGGCUACAGUUUCCGAAGAGAUCUCAAACUCAUUAGUGAAGUCCAAGCACCAUUUCGGGGAGUUCGGAGGUUUUUCUAUGUGGCAUUUUCUGCAGCUGCAGGAAUUUCAUUGUUUUUCACUAUACCUAGGCUAUUGCGUGCAAUCAACGGUGGUGAUGAUGCCCCUGAUGUAUGGGAAACUGUUGGAAAUGCUGCCAUCAAUCUCGGAGGUAUCAUCGUUCUCUCGGCAUUAUUUUUCUGGGAUAACAAGAGAGAAGAGGAACAACUUGAACAAAUAUCCCAAAAUGAAACUCUAUCAAGAUUGCCUUUGCGGCUCUCAACUAAUCGGGUUGUUGAACUUGUGCAAUUACGAGAUACUGUCAGGCCAGUUAUUUUAGCUGGGAAAAAAGAGACUGUUUCUUUAGCUAUCCAAAAGGCUGAGAGGUUCCGGACUGAGCUCCUCCGACGAGGAGUUCUUUUGGUUCCUGUUAUUUGGGGAGAAGGUAGUAAAGCACCACAAAUGGACAAGAAAGGUUUCGGCACCUCAUCAAAGGCAGCUGCUUCUCUCCCUUCUAUAGGGGAAGAUUUUGAGAAACGAGCUCAGUCAAUAACUGCAAAAUCAAAAUUGAAAGCUGAGGUUCGAUUCAGGGCUGAGGUGGUAUCGCCUGCAGAGUGGGAAAGGUGGAUAAAGGAUCAACAGAUAUCAGAAGGAGUUACGCCGGGUGAGGAUGUCUACAUAAUACUGCGUCUAGAUGGUCGUGUUCGAAGAUCUGGGAAGGGCAUGCCUGAUUGGCAACAAAUUGUGAAGGAAUUGCCACCAAUGGAAGCAUUACUAAGCAAGCUGGAAAGAUAACACGAGUUUGCGCGUUUCAUCCAUGUUUACUGUAAAUUCUUGAUAAAUUCAAUACAAAAAAUGCAUUAUCUAAGUUCAAACCCUUAAAAUUUAGAAGUGUUAAAAAAAAUUAAAAAUUAAAAAAUCUAAAUAUCAACAAAUGCAUUGCAUAAUUCUACCCUUGUCGUGAGGUCUUCAAUGCAGGAGGCCCUAGACCUCCUUGGUUUUGUUAAUCUAAGUUUUGUUUUGGGACCUUGACACCCCACCUGCAA